UCCCCACUCCGGGCUUUGGCUGGAUCCUCCUGCGUGGCCGGCGUGGACUCCUGCCGGAAGCAGCUGUGGAGCAGCAGGUGCAGCAGGCAUGGCAGACCCAUCAGAGGGCACUCGAAUCCUAGUCACUGGAGGCUCAGGCCUGGUGGGGAAGGCCAUACAGAGAGUGGUGGCUGAUGGUGCCAGUCAACCUGGGGAACAGUGGAUAUUUGUUUCCUCCAAGGAUGCAGACCUAAUGGACACAGCCCAGACCCGAGCCCUGUUUGAGAAGCAUCGGCCUACACAUGUCAUCCAUUUGGCAGCCAUGGUGGGUGGCCUCUUCCGGAACAUCAAGUAUAACCUGGACUUCUGGAGGAAGAAUGUUCAGAUCAACGACAAUGUCCUGCACUCAGCCUAUGAAGUGGGCACCCAGAAGGUGGUCUCCUGCCUCUCCACCUGUAUCUUCCCUGAUAAGACCACCUAUCCCAUCGACGAGACCAUGAUUCACAACGGACCCCCCCACAGCAGCAACUUCGGCUACUCCUAUGCCAAGCGCAUGAUCGACGUGCAGAACAGGGCUUACUUCCAGCAAUACGGCUGUACCUUCACUGCUGUCAUCCCCACAAAUGUCUUUGGACCCCAUGACAACUUCAACAUUGAAGAUGGCCAUGUGCUUCCUGGCCUCAUCCACAAAGUCUACCUUGCGAAGCGCAAUGGCUCAGCUCUGACCGUGUGGGGCACCGGGAAGCCUCGAAGGCAAUUCAUUUACUCCUUGGACCUGGCCCGCCUCUUCCUCUGGGUCCUUCGGGAAUACAGUGAGGUGGAUCCUAUCAUCCUAUCAGUGGGUGAAGAGGAUGAGGUGUCCAUCAAGGAGGCAGCUGAGACCAUUGCGGAGGCCAUGGGCUUCCAAGGGGAGCUGACUUUUGACACAACCAAGUCAGAUGGGCAGUUCAAGAAGACGGCCAGCAACAAGAAGUUGAGGACCUACCUCCCAGACUUCCAGUUCACGCCCUUCAAACAAGCCUCUUUACUUACUCCUCAGCUGUAAAGGAGACAUGUGCCUGGUUUGAAAACAACUACGAGCAAGCCAGGAAGUGAUCCUGGAGCACAGGGAGGAGGCUGCAAAGAUCCUAGUCCCAGAGGGACAGUGGGGACUGGAAGGAGAGGCUGAGAUCGAUGCCCUUCUACCUGAUCCAGGCCCAGGCCCUCAAUCUCCAUAGAGGCUGACUUAAGGAAGACCUGGGGAGUUCCAGGUCUCAGUUGAGCAUCUGGCCCUGCCCGUCUCUGUUCCUGAUCUGGUCACUACAGCUCAACCGCAGGGUGGACACAGGGUUCCCUGUUCCUGCCAGGCUGGCUCCUGAAAGUCCACCAUUGCUACCCUCAGGGAAAACUCCCCAUGCCUAGAUCCUGGGAAACCUGGUCACCCAUUUAUACUCUUAAUCACUGACUACCUGGGUUCCCUGUCCUUUCUGAUCAUUCUCCAGAAAUUCAAAUAAAAUACAUUUUCACAGGA